AUUUUAUUUAUCAAAAGACACUUUUUUUAGUUGUAAAAUUAAAGUUAGGUGUAAAUUUACGCGAUACGAAAACUGAAAAAAAAAAUUAAUACAAAAAUCCCUGAAAAUUAUACAACCCCAUAAAAUACUGUCUAACCAACCAUCAUUUGAGCUUCUACAACACGUCAAAAGAGUUGAUCAAUCCUGGAAAUUCCGUUGAGAUCAUUGACAGAAAGUAACGUAAGUAUGUUUUCUUCAUCAGGUGCCAGUGGAACCGAUCAAUUGGUUUCUACGGUGUCUAACCCUUUAAAUUCUAACGAUAUAGAAAUGCAGGAAGGUUCAAGUCAACAACGACAACCAUCAUCCUCCACCACAGCAGAAUCGGCCCAGCCUUUACAAUCUGAUAUAAUUGAGGAUAUUGAUCUUUCGAUUGUACAUCCCACUAUUCAGAUUAGUUCAGGUUCUGCCAUGGAAGAUGAGGUCAAGAAUAUACUGAAUGAUGAUGUAUUACAGAGCAAUAGUAAGCAUAUAGCCUUUGAGACUGAUAAUGAGGAUACUGAAAAUGAUCAUGAGAAUGAGCAUAAUGGAGAAGUAGAGUAUGAGGAUGAGGAUGAGGAUGAUAAUGGUGAUGAAAUAGAUGAUAGUCAUUUAACUAUCGAAGAUGGAGGUGAUUUAAUAGAUGUAUCCGAUGAUGAUGCUCAAUAUUCUCAUGAUGAAAAUGUAUCAAUAUAUUCUACUAUGAAUCAAAUUGAAAGUAUACCCGGUACAGAAACAGAUUUAAAAAGUGAUGCCGGACCUCGUGAUAAUGCUAAUCCUGAUGAUCCAAAUCAGAGAAAUAUUCAUAAAUCAAGUAUUAUUGAUAUUGAUAGUGAGUCAGAUAUAGAAAAUUUAGAAGAAUUUGAACAAUCGGCCAAUAAUGCUCCCGAAGAUAGGUCAAGAGAGCUUGAAGUGAAAGGUUUGUAUGAAGAUAAUAAUGAAGAAAGUACAGUCGAACCAGAACAUGAAGAAUUUUAUUCUGAAGAAAUCACCAAUAAUACUAAUGAUAAUGAUGAGGACGAUGAUGAGGAUGAGGAUGAGGAUGAACUUGAAGAGGAAACCACCAAUGGUGCUGAUUUGGACGAAAAUGAAGGAGGAAUAAGCUUUGAAGAAGCAAAUAUACCUAUCAUAUUAAAAGUAACUGAUGCCGAAUUUAUACUUUAUCCCAUUGACCAAGAGAAAUGUGCAGUUGAUUGUUCAUUAUAUGUUUCAUUAUAUGAUAAUUCAGAGAUCAUACAUGCGACUAUAGAAGAGUUUUUCGGUAGUAUUCGAGCCAAUGAAGAUUUAAAAGAAAUCAUAGAGUUUGAAGUGGACGAAGAAUUGGUUUUAGAAGUACCAGAAUUAAGUAAUUUAAAAGUUACUGAAGAUAAUAUUUAUUCCAGAGAUAUAUCGAUUGAAGAUUUCUUCCGAGUAUUCCUCGAAUUGAAAGAACUGACUCGUAGUACAGAUGUCAUACCAAAACUGAUUUCAUUCAAUAUAACUACUCAAACAAGAUUUAUCAGCAGGUUUAAUGAAUUAUCCGAAUUGAUAAGAGAUGGAAAGGGGUUUGAAUCAAUACCAAAUACAAAUAAACGUCGACUUGAUAAGAUUCAACGAGAAGAAUCAAUUAAGAAACCAAAAUUAGAAGAAUGAGCUCAAGAUUAAUGUAUUUAGAUCUAUUAUU